ACGACCCACUGUGUGACCUCACCAACAGCCUUCUCUGUUUGGAGCUGAAACAAAAAAUAAACAGAAGAUCAUGGCAAGUGCAGACUGGGGAUACAAUGACAAAAAUGGUCCUGAUCAAUGGGGCAAGCUGUAUCCUAUUGCCAAUGGAAACAACCAGUCUCCUAUUGAUAUUAAAUCCAGUGACGCCAAGCAUGACACCUCCCUGAAACCUAUCAGUGUCUCCUACAAUCCUUCAACUGCCAAAGAAAUUGUUAACGUGGGACAUUCCUUCCAUGUAGUUUUUGAUGACAGUAGUAACCAAUCUGUGCUGAAAGGUGGCUCUCUUUCUGAUGGCUAUCGGCUCAUCCAGUUCCAUUUUCACUGGGGCGACUUGAAUGACCAUGGCUCUGAGCACACAGUAGAUGGAGUCAAAUAUUCUGCAGAGCUUCAUAUAGUUCACUGGAAUUCUGCAAAAUACUCCAGUGCUGCUGAAGCCAUCUCAAAGGCUGAUGGUAUAGCAAUUGUUGGUGUUUUGAUGAAGCUUGGUCAAGCCAACCCAAACCUGCAGAAAGUACUUGAUGCCCUAAACUCAGUUAAAACCAAGGGUAAACGAGCCCCAUUCACAAAUUUUGACCCGUCUGUUCUCCUUCCUUCAUCCCUGGAUUACUGGACCUAUUUUGGCUCUCUGACUCACCCUCCUCUUCAUGAAAGUGUAACCUGGUUCAUCUGCAAGGAGAGCAUUAGUAUCAGCGCAGAGCAGCUGGCACAGCUCCGCAGUCUUCUGUCAAGUCCAGAGGGAGAGAGCCCUGUUCCGGUUCUGCACAACCACAGGCCACCCCAGCCCCUGAAGGGCAGAACAGUGAAAGCCUCUUUUUGAGACCCAGCAAGGAGCAAGUCCUCCCUCAGGAACCCAGCCAUACAGCUGACAUCACCCCCAAAAGCCAUCAGUUUUAAGAAACAAAUUUAUUUCUGUACUAGCAAGAUAACAUACCUGCAAAUUUUAAUCUAUAGAACAAAAAACCAUUUAUUUUAAUUCUGAUGCUUCAAAAAUCAUCCAUAAGCUUGCCAGUAGUAAUCUUUAAACAUGCUUUUCUGCUUAAAUUUACUUUUCUAUUUGGAAUGUGUCAUAAUCAGUUAAGUGAUUUGUUUUUCUUCCUGCUCUCUCCAUUGUAAUUGAAUCAAUAAAGUGGCUUCUUCACUUUC